CAUAUGUUUGCGUGCUUGUGUUCGCAGGCCCGAGUACAGACGUUCGGGGCCCAUGUGACGGGGCCCACAGCAUUUCCCCACUCUCGAUUGCCCCGCAGCGUCUCCAGUUCAACGCCACCAUGGCCAAAGAAAGCCCCGGGACCACCUCGGUGACAGCGCAUCCUGUUAUCCGGCUGCACAGGGGUCGUGGGGGAUAACACGAGAGGGAGUGCUGGAGACGAGAGACCCACAGUUGAGAAGGCAUCACGAUGGUGGUCCAAGGUGAAGCGUUGGCGAUCCGUGGACCACUGGGAUGAACAUCAUGAAGCUGCUUUUCCGAAGAAAGCGGAGCGGUCUGCUGAAGCCCGUUCUGAGCCUCUCUCUGUUCUUCGCCUCUCUCCUCCUGUUCCACAAGCUCAAAUUCCCCGAGGACACCACGGGUUCCUACACGCGGCACCCCGGCUCUUGCGAGGGGUGUUCUGGGUGGAAGAAAGGCAGCAAGCCUACUUUGGCGAGUCAUAACCAUGUGACGGUUCCCAGCGCGCCAGGGGCGCACUCCAAUCGCAGCGCUCCUUUCUGGGACGUGCAGGUGCUUAACUGCAGCGAGGACGCCGCGGUCAGGACAACAGACUGGUUCCGGAGGUUAGACCCAAGGUUUCACCAGUUCGUACUGCAUCGGCACUGCAGGUACUUCCCGAUGCUCAUCAACCACCCUGAGAAGUGCGCAGCCACGGUAGGAGAGGUGCACCUCCUCAUAGUGGUCAAGUCCAUCAUCGAGCAGCACGAUCGCCGCGAGGCGGUGCGCAAAACCUGGGGCAGGGAGUACACAGCGGAAGGGAAGAGCAUCAAGACCCUUUUUCUUUUGGGCAGUCCUUCCGUUGGCAAAGACACCAAGAACCUACAAAAGCUGAUCGAGUAUGAGGACCAAAUCUACGAGGACAUCCUGCAGUGGGAUUUCAUGGACACCUUUUUGAACUUGACCCUGAAAGAGGUCAACUUUCUCAAAUGGUUCGACAUCUACUGCCCGGGUGUGCAGUUUAUAUUCAAAGGGGAUGACGACGUGUUUGUGAACACCAACAACCUACUGGACCUCAUCGGCUUCAAGGUGGAGGAGCACAAGGAGACCACCCUGUUUGUGGGGCACACCAUGUACAGGAGCUUUCCCAUCCGGAAUAAACAGAGUAAAUACUACAUUCCCAGGGAGCUCUUUGAUAAGCCAUACCCUCCUUAUGUGGGAGGAGGGGGGUUCCUCAUGUCCUCCCAGCUGGCCAGGAGGCUCUUUGUGGUCUCAGAGGAUCUGGAACUGUACCCUAUUGAUGAUGUCUUUUUGGGCAUGUGUCUGCAGAGGCUCCAGCUGAGCCCAGAGAUGCACUCCGGCUUCAGGACCUUCGGCAUUACCAUGCGCCGGGCGAGCCCCAUGAACAGCGAACCGUGCUUUUACAAGAACCUCAUUCUGGUGCACAAACUAAGCGCCCAGGAGCUCCUCAAGAUGUGGAGCCUGGUGCACAAUGAAGAACUGGUUUGUGCACAGGCGGCCUCUUUUUGACAUGACAAUGCAAGAAUCUAUGUAUGAUUAUGAAGCAACAUCAGACUUGUUUGUUUGCUCCACAGUGAAUCUGUCCACAGUUUGGAGUCUUUUUUACGUUUGGGAAACCACUACGACACAACUCUACCGUCCAAUUCUCAGUGCCAUUUCAAGUUUGAGCCUCACAGAUCAAGAACGA